UUCAUGGACGAACAGCAACAAUCAGCUGCACCUAAAGUGAACGCUCUAACACGUUCCCACCUCGCGUUCCUUGGUCACCCGAACCGGAUGAAGACGCGAACGCGCUCAUUACGCACAAUACAACAUCGCACAUCCUAGCCAUACCACUUGAUGCACCAAAAGACCUCGCCGCCAGGUGCCGGACAGCAUGGUCGCAAACGUCGGAAGAAAAACAACAUAAAAACGUGGCGGACAUCAUAUGCAGACUGGAAACAAGAACCUUGGUCCUGCAAAAUCACAUUUUUUGACUGCAAAUCUCGCGAGAUGAAUCCAAUAUUCAGCAUGGAGGUACCGUUAAAAAUGGACAAUUCCACCGCGGCACUACUUUUCUACGACGCGGUGGUAAACAAUGAGUUAGAUGCGGUGAAAAAGAUUACGGAUUUGUACAAAAUAGAUCUGAAUGCGAAAUUCACGGAAGUCCGAAAAGCGAAUUAUAAAGAUUUGUGUCCGGUUCACCUAGUUGCUUAUAAAGGUUAUCCGAGGAUGCUCCAGUUCUUAUUAGAUCAGAAAUGCGAGGCUAGUAUUUCAACCUCGAUUAUAAAGCGCCAGGCAAUUCAUUAUGCUGCUCUCAAACACCAGAUGGCGUGUUUGAGGAAGCUACUGAACGCUGGGGCCGAGGUGAACGCACGUGAUACCUUUGGCAAUUCUCCGUGUCAUUAUGCAGCUGAGGAUGGAAACUGUGAUAUUUUACGGGAAUUAAUCAACAGAGGGGCAGAUGUCAAUAUGAGAGACAUCACAUGGAAAACUCCACUUAUGAAAGCAACCAGAAACGGGAAAGCGCGUGUGACCGAAAUGCUAUUGAAAGCGGGAUGUGACGUCAACAUCCGGGACAAAUACAGGGACACAGCCUUACAUUUCGCAACACGAAAUGGUUCCCUGACCAUCCUGACAAUGUUGUUAAAUGCAGGAGCGGACGUGAAUGUCCAGAAUCAUUGGGGACUGACUCCAUUGAUGGAAGCCGUCUGCUACAACCAAAGAGAGGCUGUGUCUCGCCUCAUUGCUCGGAACUGCGACCUCUAUCGGCGAGAAAUCAAAACUGGUGAUACGGCACUCCAUAUUGCUGUGAAGAAGAAUUAUUCUGUGAUUGCCGACAUGCUUUUGUCAGCUGCUGGUUGGGAUCGCUAUGUUUAUAAUUAUAACAGGGAGUCGCUAUUACACGACGCAGUGAUCUACAACAGGGUUGACAUCGUCAAAUUAUUUGUUUUCAAGAACUUUGACCUUGACAUCCCGGGAAAGAUUCUCCCAAACGGAAAGAUUAAAACUAUUGUUCAAUUGGCCAUAGACAAAGGGAAUGCAGAAAUAUGUCGUCUGCUUUCCGAUGUGACUUGUCUGUCUCUUGUAGCCGAGGCUGAACGCCUCCAUCACAGCCGCCAUGUUGGUCCGAAACGGGAACCAGAACGCCCAGUGAAAAGUCUUAAGCAAUGGUGCAGGAAGUACAUCCGCAAGUCACUAGGUUAUAAGAUUUCUGAUAAGGUUGAGACUUUGCCUAUCCCCUCUACUUUAAAAGAUUUCGUUUUGUUGAAAGAACUUGGGAUUGAAGUUGCAAACAAUCGAUGAUUAGUGUGACGUCACUUUAGUGGAUUCUGCCGUCAUCAUUCGCGCAGCUGUUGUAACGCCUUUCACCAUUUUGUUCGUUUAUAUCAAAUCCCGAAAGUUGGAGAUCCUAGAAUACGCUUCUUGCCCCUCCCUUAUGUUUUAUAUGCCUUGUAUCGCAGUGUUCUCCGAAGAUUUCUAAAGAACUGAAGACGUCAAUUCGAAACAUUCGUAACUCCCCUCAAUCAGCAUUUUUGAGCCUUCGGAUCGUAUUUGGCUAUAAAACCCCUCUGCUCAAUCAUAACCAAACUUUCUAAACCGUACACGCAUUAUAGAUGUCUCCUUUUGGCCGAUACUGACCGGAAGGGCCAAAUUGCUCCCUGAGGAAAGUGGCAAAUAGGCGUCAUCGCAAAAUAAUCAUGAUAGAUGAGCAUCCAUCUCGCUUAUAAACAAGAUGGCUGGUUAUAAACAAGAUGGCUGCUCGAAGUGUCGCAAUGUUGCCAAUGUGAUGUUCUAAUGGGGAACUCAAAAGUGAGGUAGAAAUAUAUAUUUUGGCUCUUUUAUGUACGCUGUUCAAUGUAUUGUAAGAAGCUUAUAUGAUUGUUUCAGUGUUGAUAGCAACUUUUGCACCUGCUGUUGAUAAACGGUUUUGAAAUAAGGCUAACGUCAGAGCACUGUUCUCACAGAAAAUGAUAUAAUUAAGGCUGGUUCCGGAGGUUCUUUGUGUAAAGAUGUAUUCACUCACUACAAACUCGGCCAGCAACACAACUUGCAAGAAACCUGCAAAGUUAUUAUGGGUGUGGUGUACGUGCAUUGAGAUUGCAAGUACAAGUACAUGUAAUUAAAACGGCCAUUUUAUUGACCAAUAAAACCCCCCCCAUACAGUUGUUUUAAGGUCUGAAAAGCAGGAUUGCGGGCUCAUGAUAGGUCAGUUCGACAGGAAGCGUUGAAAAUGCUGCUUGAGAAAAGUCAGUGUUGAACAUAUCGGGACCUGGUUGGGCCAUGCUGAUAUGAAUGACUGUGAU